AUGCUAACGGAGCCAGGGAGAUGCCGUUCUCUCACCACUGAGCAGAGAGUUUUGAUUCUGCUGCGCUUUCUGGCGGCUGGCAGCUUUGAGCAGAAUGCUGCAGAUUUAGUGCGUGUGUCUCAGCCAACUGUCAGUCUGAAUUUGCCAAUUGUGUGCGAUGCGUUGCUCAAUCAUUUUACCGAAUUUAUUCGGAUGCCACAGAUAUCGUCGGAGCGACAAGCGGCACCACUCGCAUUUCAUUCUCUCGCUGGUUUUCCGCGGACUAUCGGAGCAAUAGACUGCACCCAAAUCAAAUUAUUAUCGCCAGGAGGUUAUUUCGGCCAAUACAUCAUGGUCGGCGAUUCAAGAUACGCUAACACAUCGUAUUUGGCCACACCAUACACCAUUAGUCAUCCAGGAUUGGCUACUAACCCAAUCAAGCGUGUUUACCAAGCCUCUCUGAUAGGCACUCGGAACGUAGUGGAGCGUAUGUACGGCGUAUUGAAACGUCGCUUUCCUGUACUUCGGCACGGAUUAAACGUAUCAUUACCCACCGCUCAAAAACUAAUUAUUGCCGCUGCAAUUUUGCAUAAUAUAUGCAUUGAAGAAGGUGAAGUAUAUGUGGACGAAGAGGUAGGAAAUGAAAACGUAGAAGAGUCAGCCAACGAACAAUUAACAGAAGAAGAAUUAUUGCCGGGUGUAAACCAAUUGGCAAGGGACGAAGUGCUCCAAUAUUUCCGCAUAGAAGCUGAGCGACACCAGCAUCGAAAUUUAAAUUAA